GCUUCGACAAGUGUCAAGGAAUGAGACUCAUGUGAAGCGCAAAAGUACGGAACCCGCGCCUUUCAGAAGCACUGGAUUUGGAAACGAGCAGCCACAGUGUCUGCCAAGUGGGAUGCGCAGACCAACGGCCAACCACUCGCGACUGCUUGGCCGGAUAUGGCAUCAAUAGUUCAAUACUCGUCGAAGUGAGUGGCGCUGCUGAGCUCAUCCGCCGCCCCGAAAUGUGUUUCGAUUCCGAAACUGCGACGACAUAAGGGACCUAUCAUUUACAGCGCAGCGCAAUAAUACGGUGUCGUUUUGUGCAGCUCUGGAUGAGCAGGGGGAGAACAAGCGCCGCGUAAUCACAAAGUUGGUGAAUGCUUGUCGGUCGAGGUUCGGGGCAACACAGCUCCCGCGAGGUGAGACCGGGGUGCACCGAGAUUGACCACUGGUUUCUUGCCUCGAAGCGGUCGCCAAAAUGCUGGAUGUCAUGCGACUGCAGCUGCGUCAUGUCACCAGGAUCUUUGCCACGCAAGUCUUACCGCUCGAAGGCGGGCGUCAUGUGAUGGCGACCUCAGACUAGUGAGCACCAGCAGUCUGCUCCAACUUGAGCUGUCCAAAAAAGGCCUUCGCUAUGCUUUCAGUCAAUAAGCUUGACGCGUAUCAUGUACCGCUGCUCGAUCGGGCAGCCUUGGCGCGACGAUCUGCACCAGACAACAAGACUUUGCCUGUGAUCGUUCCUUCGUACUGUGGCGGUGCAGAUCAUCUCCGCACGCGCGGCCGGAAAGAGCGGCAACGACAGCGAAGCAGAUCACGUACGCCUCGCGUACCCAGCAAACGGCUUCACGUGGAGCCUUUAGAAAUUCCACGUUACCCAGGUCCCAUUUCACAAGGCGACGAAUGAGUCAGCCUAUCACAUUAGAUUGCACUGAGCACAGUUGCGAGGGGUGCCACACGACCGGAACUCGGUCAGGCAAGACAAGGUGAUACGAAGAGGGGACAUUGUACAGCACUUCCUGAUUCAGCAUGGUCAAGCUCCACCCCAAGCACGCAAGGGGAGAGAGGAGUGGGCGUGGCUGUGCGCAAGAUAUGGAUCUGGGCAUCAAAUACCUCCCUCAUUCUAUCAACGCUGAACAGGCAUUCGAUGCCAAGCCGAACGUCUUGGCUUUGAUUUGGGCCACGCUUCGUCGCACUGCCACGCUUUGGACUUCUCGCGUGGUGGAGACCGCCACAUGAGAUACGCAUAGCCAGCAGCGCUGAGCAAUCGCCACUUAGCACGUGGAAUCAGGCGCCAUAGCGCCCUGGUCGCUCGACGGGCUACUGGUUCCCCCACGUUGGGAGCGGCAGUACGUUUUUCCCCAGGAUUGCGCUCUUACCUCAUCUUCUACAGUGCUCAAUACCUCAAAUAAACCUGUUCGCCCGACCCCAAAUUUGGGCUCUUUCUUCCCGCCUCUUGGUCACCACUCGGAGCCGACGCGCGCAGCCAUUGACCCCUCACACGCUCAUUGGCCACCCAUGCGCAGACGAUGGGCACCGCUGGCUGUCUACCUGCAGCGAUUGACCAGUCAUUCGUAUCUAAGAGCGCGGGGACCGAUUCUCUGCGAUUUCGCUGGGUGAAACGCCAAGUCGUGUCCCAACGAACCGGCGUUGAUUUCAGGUAGUGUAUAUGACACACAGCCACUUUCGAAGGCCAGUCGAAUAAACUGGCAAUUGCAACAUCAAAGAAGUCUCUGAGCUCGUCGAUGUCCGCUUUCAUUGGCGCGCCCGCGAAGAUCAGGAAAGUUCGCUAAAGGACCUCGCGGCCAAGACAACCACGCAAAACCCGCUUCACAGUGCGAGGGCCCACCAAAUGCGUUGCUGAAAAAAGUCCUGUCAAAGUACGCAAACG